ACACAAGACCAAAUAAUCCCUUUGGAAGAUACUGAAAAAUAACAGAAAUAUCACAUCACUGUUUACAUUGCUUAACUGUUUUAUCUCAGGUUUCAAUAUUGAUACUUCUGUCAAAAAGGUUGGAAGGAUGACAUUGCAUUCUUUUUUUAAAGGACACUGCUGCUGACAGCUCAUUUAUUUAUCAGGCCCAAUGUCUGUGAAGAGCAGCAGCUGGCCAUGGUGGGACUUCCUCGCCCGUGUGUCCGAGCUGUCACACACACCGUCAGGCUCUGGAGACAGGGCUGCGCCGGCCCGAGCUGGUGUGUGGGCUACGAACGAAGGACCCGGUACUACAUCAUGUACAGACAGACAUAUAGCAUGGAGCGACAGACUGUCUACAGGUGCUGCCCAGGUUGGCGCCGGCAGGACGGUGAACCUGGCUGCCUGUGCUCUGUCUCUGCCGUGGGGACAUGUUUCAAUGGAAGAUGCUUGGACAGUGAAGCCCAACGGUGCCAGUGUUCCGAGGGUUUUCAGGGGCCCCACUGUCAGUAUGAUAUAAAUGAAUGUGCCAUUGACAAUGGUGGCUGUCAGGACCAAUGCUGUAACACAAUUGGCAGUUAUUACUGCAAGUGUCAAGCUGGCCAGAAGCUGGAGGAAGAUGGCAGAAGAUGUGAAGAUAUCGAUGAAUGUGCGGUGGUGAAUGGAGGCUGCCAACAGCGCUGUAUUAACACUCUGGGCACCUUCCACUGUGAGUGUGACACAGGAUACAGACUCCAUGCUGAUGAACGCACCUGCAUAAAGAUGGACCCCUGCACAGGUGGGAAUGGAUGUGCCCACAUCUGUCAGAGUGAGAACGGAGUGGCCAGGUGUGCCUGUCACCCAGGCUACCAGCUGUCUGAAGACAAAAAGGCCUGCAGAGACAUCGACGAGUGUGCGGAGGGCCUGGCUCGCUGCGGCCAUCGCUGCGUGAACUCGGCGGGCUCCUUCGCGUGCGCCUGCCGCCCGGGCUCUGAGCUGGGAGCUGAUGGGAAGCAGUGUUACAGGAUUGAAUUGGAAAUUGUCAAUAGCUGCGAAAAGAACAAUGGUGGUUGUUCUCAUCACUGUGAACAUGCACUUGGUGGGCCCCGUUGUUCCUGUAACCAUGGACACCGGCUGGAUUCAGAUGAGAAAACAUGCAUAGACCUUGACGAAUGUGAGAGUGGAGAAGCCUGCUGUGCCCAGCUCUGCAUCAACUAUUCAGGAGGCUAUGAAUGCAGCUGCCGGGAAGGCUUUCAGAUCAGUUCUGAAGGGUGUGGAUGCGAUGAUGUGGACGAGUGUCUGGAUAUCAGCACAGUCUGUGACCAAGUAUGUAUUAACUCUGUGGGAACGCACCACUGUACCUGCAGGGAAGGCUACAGAAUUGGAAGUGAUGGGAAAACUUGCAUCUCUUUAGAUGAUGAUGGGCUAGAGGAAGGAGAAGAGGAAUUAGAAGUUGUGAGGCUCGCAGGCCUUCUGUUCAAGAGCCCGCCUCAACUGCUUCAUUAUGUGGCUGCCUCUCUGCCUCCCGCCUACCAAGAUGAAGGCAAUGAGUCCAGAGUGGGCAAAGAUUUUCCAGGAGAACUAGCUGCAUCGCCCGAAGUUGUCUGUUUAGAUCACACCUUUGGACAAGAUUGCAGUUUGAGCUGUGAGGACUGCAUGAAUGGAGGCCAAUGCCAGGAGGGAAAGAGUGGGUGCACCUGCCCAGCUGGCUGGGGUGGCAUUCUUUGUAAUGAAACUUGCUCGCCGGAGUCCGGUGGGAAAGCAUGUGGCAGUGUCUGUGACUGUCAGAAUGGGGCCACCUGUGAUCCUCUGACUGGGCAAUGCCAGUGUCCUGCAGGGCUGCAUGGGAAGACCUGUGAACAUGGAUGCCCAAAAGGACUUUUUGGGAAGAACUGCAAAAGGAAAUGUAACUGUGCCAACAAUGGCCAUUGCCACAGGGUGUACGGUGCCUGUGUGUGUGAGCCAGGGCGCUAUGGGAGGUUUUGUCAUCUGAACUGUCCCAAGGGGACCUACGGAGCUGGCUGCUCUUCAGAAUGCCAGUGUGUGGAGGAGAACACCCUGGAAUGCAGCGCCAAAAAUGGCAGCUGCACCUGCAAAUCCGGUUACCAAGGCAACCGAUGCCAGCAAGCCUGCCCUGAUGGCCUCUGGGGACCAGAGUGCCAGUUCUCCUGUGGACCCUGUGAGAAUGGAGGUCAGUGCCACAAAAACACUGGAAACUGUGACUGCCCUCCUGGUUACACAGGAAAAGCCUGCACCAUACUGUGUCCACCAGGCACAUAUGGGAAGGACUGUAAACAGGUAUGUCAGUGUUGGGCCGAGAAUGAAGACUGUCACCCAGUCACAGGGAGAUGUACCUGUCUGCCCGGCUACCAUGGAAACCACUGUCAUCUCCAAUGUCCAAAAGGCACUUAUGGUCCUUAUUGCCAGAGGACUUGUAAGUGCCUGAAUGGUGGCAAUUGUGACAACAUGAUUGGCACCUGUGACUGCCCUCCUGGCUUCACUGGGGCUGACUGCAGUCAAACUUGUCCUACAGAUCACUACGGGAAGGACUGUGUCCAGCGGUGUUCCUGUGGCUCAGGACAGUGUGACCCGGUGACUGGAGGGUGCCACUGUUCACCUGGCCAAACGGGAGCCAAGUGUCAGCAAGGAUGUCCCCAGACAAGGUAUGGCCCAAAUUGUGAACGAAAAUGUACCUGUAAAAAUGGUGGCCUUUGCAAUCCUGUGGAUGGAAGCUGUACCUGUGGACUUGGAUGGAUGGGAAAUUAUUGUGAGAAAGAAUGUUCCCCUGGGUAUUAUGGCCCAGGCUGCCAUUUUAAUUGCACCUGUCAGAACAAUGGAGUUUGCAACAGGUUUUCUGGAAGCUGCGAGUGCCUCCAAGGUUACUAUGGAAGAGACUGUGAACAUGCAUGCCUUCCUGGAUUUUAUGGUUUGAAUUGUGCUCACAUCUGUGACUGCAAAAACGGAGCCAGUUGUGAUGCAAUGAGUGGACAGUGCAUUUGCCCAGCAGGUUUCCAUGGCAGCCAGUGUGAAAAAGAGUGUCCACCUGGAAUGUUUGGAGACAACUGCCGUCAUCUUUGUGACUGUGAAAGCACAAUCUCCUGCCACCCAGUAACUGGAAGAUGCCUCUGCCCACCUGGGAGAACCGGAGCCAGAUGUGAAGCUGAAUGCAGGCCAGGCCAGUAUGGACCUAACUGCGCUCUGAUGUGCCAAUGUAUCCAUGUAGCUCAGUGUAACCCUCUCAAUGGGAGCUGCACUUGCCCCUCAAAGAGAAUGGGUCCAACCUGUGAGGAAAAUGUUUUGGACGAUCUUCAAUAACCAAAUACUAGCAGCUUUUCAGUGGGUGAACAGAAUUUCACUGGAGUUCACCCAUAGUUUGUCAUAUUAACGUUGGCAGAGAAACGCACUUACUCAACCAUCUUCAGCCCAACCUUGCCUGCCCGUUGUGAGGUGAAAAACAGGACGUCUCAACUUUAUGGCCUCCAAGCAUAAGUUCCAUUCUCUAGCCUACCCGUCCCAACUUUCUUUUGCUGAAGAACAUGCCCAAGAAAAAGAGUAUUUUUUCAAGAUCCCAAUUGUAGUAACAUUUUGGACUAACAAAUGAAACUUUUUUAUAUGCACAGGCGGUGUUUAAAUUUGGAAGCAAGAACUGCCUCUCAGUUCAGCUUGGACUGUACUGAAGUAUUCACACCUAUUCACUGAAGACCUCAGUGGUCAUUAAGUAGCUGGAUCCUCUUUAGAAAUGUCUAGUAUUUCAUCUAUUUAUUCUCAGUAUCCUGCUCCACAGCUAAGUCUGCUUCAGAUUGUUAAUGUAUUGUAUUUCGAACAUGACUUUUAGUGUUGGAGAACUAUUAAAGCUUUAGCCACAUACAGAUCUGGGUAAAAGUAUGACGUACACACUUACAAUGAAUCAUCAGAAUGUUGUGUGGUGCUCUCCUCAUCACUGGUCAGCAGACAGGAAAAAAGUAAGUAGAAAUGAUCAAGGUGAGUGCUUAGCCUGCUCUGGGGGACAUAAAUUUCCCAUAGAGUAAGGCCUGACCAGAAUCAAGCUUUUAAUCUACAUUGGUAAUUUUGAUCCAAAUUGUUCAUCAUUUAGGUCAGUUUUAUAGACAUCUGUAAGCGUGACUACUGUAAUGAGCCCAGGAAAGAUGUGGCAAUAAAUAUAAUUGUAUUUUUGCUCUCAAGUAGUUUAAAAGCAUUUAAAAUUUCAGACUACUGGUUAAUUCACAUUAGAUAAUAGUCAUUUUCUUGAUUGGAAAUGUUGUUACUCAUUUAACUCAUGCUUUAUUGAGAUAAAAAUAGAGAAUAUUGAAGUUAUAUGACUAAUGGAUACUGUCUAGAGUAGCUUUUAAAUCAAAACUGAUCUAGGAUAGAAUUGACUGAAGCACUUAUGAAAACUACUUGGCGUUAUCA